CUUGAUUUUACUAGUUAAUUACCAUAGUAAUUUGGUUUCGAUUUUAUAUUUUGGUUUCGAUUAUAUAUUUAGGUUUCGGUUUUAUAUUUUGGUUUCGAAUUGAUCAAUUUGGUUGGAUUCAUAAAAUCGUGAUUUCCGGCCCUUUCCACACCAAAGACAUCAAAGCAGCAUUGCCACAAGAGUGCUCUUCCACCGGUCCACUUUCAACAGGUAGAUCAACCGAAGCCCAACAACACAGUCUAGCUAGAAGUCUAGUAGGCUACAGUAGCCAGCAGCGUCAAGAGUCGAGUCUCCUCCACAGUUAGUUGAGUUUCGUCUCGUCUUGUAUUUCUUUUUGGUCCGAAACGAAACAAAACAAGCAAUCGUCAAGAUUUCGGCUUCUCCCGCUUCUUCCUUUGACGAGAUGGCCGACGAUGGCGGCGGCGGCGGCGGCGGAGUUCCUCCUCCUACGACCUUUCUCUCCAUUGAUCAAGCCAUCGAACGAGUCGGCACUGGCAGAUUUCAACGCAAACUAUUGCUGGCGGCCGGUCUGUGUUUCGCGGCCGAUUCGAUGGAAGUGCUCUUGUUGAGUUUUUUGGCCGUGGUGGUUCAAUCGGAAUGGGGACUCACGUCCGAACAAACGUCCAGUAUCACGGCGGCGGUCUUUUUGGGAGCCAUGACGGGGACUCUCAUUCUAGGACCACUGGGCGAUAAAUUCGGUCGAAAGCCCGUCUUUGUCCUCAGUGCUGCCAUUAUUGCCAUUUUUGGGUUAUUGACGGCCGUGGCCAACAGUCUCGCCGUCCUCAUCAUCAUUCGAUUCAUGGUGGGCGUGGGUGUUGGUGGUUUGGUCGUGCCCUUUGAUACAGUCGCAGAGUUUGUACCGACGAAUAUGAGAGGAUAUCAUCUACUGUAUCUGGGAUACUACUGGGCCUUGGGAACUCUGCUGGUACCAAUUCUGGCAUUUAUCACUCUGGGCGACAAUGAAAAUGGCGACGAACCCAGUGGCCAGUGGCGUUGGUUCACCGUGCUCUGUGCCAUUCCCUGUAUUGCAUCCACCAUUCUCGGAAUCAUUUGGGUUCCCGAAUCACCGCAUUGGCUCGUCUAUCAGGGACGAAACGAUAAGGCAUUGGAAGUGCUGAAAAUUGCCGCCAAGGAAAAUGGACUCAAUCCCGACGAAGUCUUUCCGAUGGGCACCAUGGUCAAACCAGAUGAUCAACCCGAAGUACAUUCCGUCAUGGCGUUGCUGGAACCGGAAUGGAGGAAUUUGACACUCAAACUGUGGGGAACGUGGUUUGGAUUUGCCUUUUUGUAUUACGGAACCGUCAUUCUGGUGACGCUCGUCUUUGCCGAAAAUGGAAGUAUCGAGGGCAGUGAAGGCAUGGCACAAGGAUCCUACGAUUUUGAUUAUGCGGCCAUUCUCCUGGCGGGAUCGGCUGAAAUGGUAGGACAAACCUUUGUAAUACUGACGGUGGAAACCUGGGGACGAGUCCACACGCAAGCAUUGAGCUAUCUAUUGGGUGGCUUUAGUGUCUUGGGACUGGCAUUGUUGGAAGCCAGUGGUUCCAAACGAGGUGCCAUGAUGUUCGUGGCAUUCUUGGCGCGAAUGUUUAUGAUGGGAAGCAGUAGCACUACAUGGGUCGCUACAGCCGAAAUCUUGCCCACGAAAAUUCGAAAUACAGGACAUGCUGCCGCCAAUGCCAUGGCCCGUUUGGGAGGUGCCAUAAGUCCCUUUGUUGUGUCCACCAGUAUGAGCAUGACAACCAUUGGAAUCAUCAUGGGCGUGGUCAGUUUCUUCACGUGUGCCUUGUCAUGGAGUUUGCCCGAAACACAGGGUAAGGCGCUGGGUACGGCACAUACCGAUAGCUUCAACGGCGGCAGUAUUCAAAAUGGAACGGCAUCCAUCGAACCUCCCACAGUGGAACUGACAGACAAAACCAAGGAGAUCAUCUAGCUAGCUAGAACGUGUCUAUGUCAUCUUGGGAUGCCCAAACGAAUCGAAUCGAUUGAUCGACCUUCAUGGUGUGGGCGCACUGCCAGUCAAAAGAAAGUGGCGCAAGUUUUAAAAGUUUUCCUUGAAGUGAAGUGAAGUGGAACUCUUCUGUCCCACACCAAUCCACAUUUGAAUAAUAAUAUUCCAAAGAGUUUCAGAAAACAACAUCCAUCACGACCUCGAAAUUUUGUCUCGACUAGCUAGUUCCUGAGUCUAUUAAGUUACGUACAUGUUCAGAACAAGCAACGACGUCGCUCAACGAGAAACUGUAGCAACUGCUGGUUACCGAGGGUAGGCAAAAGCAAAUCGUAUGGUACGCUUGGAUCAUCCUCGUAAGCGCCACAGAUUGUCAUCGCAAGCACCCUUCGCGAACCACACGAAGUUGGCUGGUUGUUCGAUCUUAGUGCCCGCGCUUAUGCGAGGUUUUGGAGUUGGACGUUUUACAGAUCCAGCCAGGAGUUCCGGCAGGUCCAGGUCCAGGGAGUGGGGCCUGUUGUAGAUCCAGGAGGCGACAUGUAGCAGGGGUUGGACGACCGGCCAGGUGAAGGUCCAGGUGCACAUGUAUAGCAAGUCCAGAUCCAUGUGGGACCUGGGAGGGGGCUGGAGUGAGGCCUGUUUAA